AUGGCUGGUGUCUGGUUUAUCUGGAGAAGCAGAUCAAUACAUAGAUGUAAUAUAUCCUAUGUGCAUCAUGUCAGAUCUUUUACGUUCUAUAGGUUUGACCCUGACUCAGAAUUGUCUGAGAUUCUGACCAGGCUUUGGGAACUGGACACCAACAAAUGUACACCUGGAGAAGACUAUAAGAUAGACCUUCAAGGUUAUGUUACAAGCACCCGUUCAGUGGGCAGAGAUUGGGCCCGACAUACUCUGUUUGAGUGGGUUGAUGACUGUGUGUUUGAGAGACCAACAUAUAAAACUUUCAGAGCUCUUUUGGACAACUAUGAAAGUGAGCUGGGGAAGGCAGAGGAAGUGACGCCAGGUGAGUGGCAGGAGAACUGGGACUUCCUUGAUGCAAUCAUGGAGACAGAUGUGAUGAAAGAGGCCCAUAGUUACCUGGUUGAGAAAGGUGUUGCACCUGCUGACUUGGAGUCCUUCAAAGAGCUUCUUGAUGAUAUGUGGUUCAGAUUGAUUAGGAGGACCAAAGGGGACAGGGAUUUUGAUUCUAGCAGCUUUGAGCAUGUAUUUGUGGGUGAAAGCCGCGGUCACCAAGUUGUUGGCCUUCACAACUGGAUCCAGUUUUACCUCCAGGAGAAAUUGGGUGCAAUAGAUUACCAUGGUUACUUUCAAAGAGAAACGCUGCGUGAUGAUGAGGUACCAAGGUUGAUAGCUCUUCAGUUUACCUGGAAGGAGGAAGAUGACCCCGAGAGGGGUAAGCCCAUGAGCAGCAUGUUCCUGGGGACUAGCCCUGAGUUUGAGAUUGCUGCAUACACUUUGUGUCGACUUCUGGACAAGUCGCCAAAGUGUGACGUUCAGUUGGGAGAGUACGAGACUCAGGUUGUAGUCUACAGACUGGGUCAGGGCAUUGGAACAGCAUAUAUUGGAGGGGCAAGAGUAUGAAUCUGCACCAAGAGACAUCGACAGGACAAUCAUUAUUAUUGCUCUUAGGCAUUGUUUUAUUAGAUGGCUUUAACAACCAUGUGAUAUAUUGGCAGUAUGGCAGCUAUUUAUCAUGACAAUGUGGCUUAAUUUCUCCUGCGUUGUUGAGAUAAGCCAUUUGACUUUAUAUGAGGGCUUUAACAUGAGUAUAUUUACAGUUUAAAAUAUUCAUUUGUAUUUACAUGGGUUAUCACUAAGGCCAUACCAAUUUUAUUUGUUUUACAGGCAUCUUUUCUUAAUGCAAGGAGGCUAUGAAGAUAAAAAUAAAACUUGAAAAUCAUCUAAUAUGUGGGAAGUGUCAUUUCUAUAGAAAUUUUUCAUGUUAAAAACAUAUUUGCAUGGAUCGGUAAGUCUUAAAAAAUUGUCUGAACAAAAACAUCAAGAUUAAAUAAAAUAAAAAGGUGGAUUUUCAGGUUUAUGGUUAUUCGAUUUUUUGAUUUUUUUAGUGUUGGCUUGCCUGUAAAACACAAAGUAAAAUUGGUGUUGCCUAGUUUUGUACCCAGAUGACCAGUUGGUUCUUGAUUAUCUGAUCAUGGGUUCAAAAUGGUUACUUGCACAUUUUUUGUGGCCAGUUUUAUCAUUUGCCCAGUUGUUUGUCUUUAAUAGUCUCUGUGCAGCAUUUAAAUUUGAUAAUGAUAUAAAAUAAACUUUUAUCCAAACUUCUCAACCUUGUCGCAUAUGAAAGAGCAACUUUCAGUGUGAUUUAUGCACCUUUUUACUUUGAUUUUGGAGACAAAAUUACAUAGGUUGCGUUCGCCAACUACAGGGCUUCACAUAGAGCUGAAUUCUAUCAGUCUGCACAGAUUAAUGCCCUCAGAAGAGUCUUUAACUGAACUAAGCUAUUGCAAACAUGCAAUAACGGUUGAAGAAAUUGUUAAUACAAUUACAGUAUCAGUUGUCUUUUUUUUUCUUCACAUGUUCAACGCUUCUCAUUUCACUGCCUCUAGAACACUAAGUGGAAAAUGUAUUGUUGGGACUUUCUUUGGCAAUAAUGCAGCUGAUCUGCUGUGCACUUACUUUUUUUAUGGUGUUUUAUAUUAAUUUUCUUGUUCGCUUUCUAGUGCGUUCAUCUGCAGUAUUUUUGAUAUUAUUGUUUUUAUAUGGCAUAGUUUAAUACCUAUGCUUUGGAAAGUAUUUCUUGCCAAAGUUUAUUCUGUUACAAUAUAUGGUUUAGUUGAGAGUAUAGAAGUAUAUAUUUAGUGAACUAAAAUAGGUUUUCUUUGGUUUGGUUUGUGGUGUGUCUUAGCUUUAACAUAGUCUCGUCACAUAGUUUAUUAUAAGACUACAGGAAUGUAUACCAGCAAGCUAAUGGAAGUAAUUUACAGCCUGUCUGGCAUAUUGGUUUAAUUUCUGUAAUAGAUGGACUUCCAUUAUUAAGCAAUUGCAAUGAUGUUUUGUUAUCUUGUUUAAUAUUAGUUUACCCAUGCACAAUACAUGUGCACAAAAACCUAUUCUUUGGUGCUACAUCAACAUGUAAUUUAAGUUUUUGUUAUUUUAAAUGUACCUGUAAAGGUAUUUAGAAAUGAUCUCCAAUGUCCAACUGCUUUUAUAAUAUAUUAGUAUGUAAGGGUUGUAUUAUUAAAAGCAUCUUUUCAGUGCCUUUAUGAAUAAAGUGUAAUACCUGUGUUUUCUAGAUUAUGCUGCUGGAAAUUUUUUUUCUUUUACAUUACAAAUAUAAAUUCCCUGUACAGUACCUAAUCUUUUCUUACCUAAAAAAAAAAAAAUGUUCUGUGAUGUAUAUUUAUCAAAAGCACAUUAAAAUUUGAACGGUGAUUUGAGUUUAUGAAAUUAUACCUGAUUUAUGUAGUCUAGAGAAAUUUGUGAAGGUGUAAAAGGCCUAUUUGAUGUGUUUUAUUCCAGAAGUACUUCAAGGUGAUGUUAUUAUACGUGAUCACCUUUAAAAAUUUAUUUUCAGGUAUAUACCUUUCUGGCUAAAUUUUUUUCCAGUCAGAAAAUAAUAAAAAACAGGAUUAACAUGAUCAUAAUACUCCAAAAUGGUGCUGUAAUUGUGGUCAAGGCAAUGACUUACACGUGCAUGGAUAGAGACAAGUGUGGUUCUUAUCCGUCAUCAUCCUUUGUCAAAUGGAUAGAGAUUAUGGUACUGUUCGUGUAUUAUUUAUUGAGAGCUGUGACAAAUUUAUAUUUCUUGCCCACUGGACUUAUUUCUAUCUGCAAUAAAAUUUACUCAUAUUUUAAAGACACUACCUGUUAUUUCCAGUUCUUAAAUCUGACUAUUAAAUGGAGAAAAUAGUAAAGACAACUAUAGCCUAGCCAUCCUAUAUGUUUAACUUUAUUGCUCUAAUUUUUUGCCUUCAGUAUGUGUUUACUAGUCAUGACACGUUAGUAAAAUUUUAAUCAUUAAAUAUUUAUAAUAUAGUCUUUUUGUUUUGCUUUAUUGGGAGAUUAGAGGACGUGCUACAGAUGGUCAAAAUGACAGUGGAAUGCAUCGUUUUCUCCUGCGAUGUUCCAGUGUGUGUAUACUUCAUAUACAUGUAUGUUUUAUGAGCAUAAGCAUACCGAUAACUGUGACAUAACAAACUAAACUAAAGAACAAACGAGUUCACAGCUUUUGACUCUUGAUACAGGAGGGAAGGAGUU